AUGUCCGGUCGCAAGGACUUUCUGAGCCAACCGGCGCCCGAGAACUAUGUGGCCGGCUUGGGUAGAGGUGCGACAGGAUUCACAACCCGCUCAGAUCUUGGUCCUGCGCGCGAAGGUCCAAGUGAGGAGCAAAUCAAGGAAGCUCUUGCCAAACGUGCCGCACAGCUCGGCAACGCCCCGCCGACUGCUUACGGAGUUCCUGGAAAGAAAGACGACGACGAUGAUGACGACGAACGCUUCCAGGAUCCCGACAACGAGACUGGCCUAUUCGCCAGCGGAAACUAUGAUCGCGAAGAUGACGAGGCCGACAAGAUCUACGCCGAGGUCGAUGCAAAGAUGGACAAGAGACGGAGAGCCAGACGCGAAGAACGCGAACGAAAAGAAAGAGAAGAAUACGAGCGCAACAACCCCAAGAUUCAACAGCAGUUUGCAGAUCUGAAGAGAGAGCUCGGAGGCCUCACCGACGAAGACUGGCAGAACAUCCCCGAGGUUGGCGACUUGACAGGAAAGAACCGCAGAGCAAAGGCGAACUUGCGCGAGCGAUUCUACGCUGUCCCAGACAGUGUCUUGGCUGGCGCAAGGGAUUCGACACAAUUCGAUACUACUGUCAACGACGAUGUCGCUCAACCAAGUGCUGCUGCCGAUAAUCUGGAGGGCGCCAUGACCAACUUCGCCCAUAUCGGAGCUGCAAGAGACAAGGUAUUGCAGGUCCGUCUGGAUCAAGCCGCUCAGGGUGAUGUCGCUGCUGGAACUGCCACAAGUAUCGAUCCCAAAGGUUACCUGACCUCCUUGAACACGUCCGAAAAGAAGGCCAGCGAGAUCCCCGUCGCGGAUGUCGCAAGAGCGCGUGAGCUACUCAGGUCCGUCAUCAAUACCAACAAGAAACAUGGACCGGGAUGGAUCGCUGCAGCGCGUCUGGAAGAAUUUGCUGGAAAGAUUGUUGCGGCACGAAACCUGCUAGCCCAGGCAGUAGAGUUCUGUCCAAAGUCCGAAGAUGUGUGGCUCGAAUCUAUGCGCCUGAACGAAAAUCACAACGCCAAAAUUAUCGCCAAGGAAGCUCUCAAGUACAAUGACCGUUCAGUGCGUCUCUGGGUAGAAGCAAUGAAGCUGGAGGCUAUGAUGCAGAACAAAAAGCGAGUUCUGAGGCAAGCUCUGGAUCACGUCCCACAAUCUGUCGCAAUUUGGAAAGAGGCCGUCAACCUCGAGGAGGAUCCAGCGGAUGCCCGACUUCUCCUCGCGAAAGCGACCGAACUGAUUCCAUUGUCUGUAGACUUGUGGUUGGCUCUUGCUCGGUUGGAGACUCCCGAGAACGCACAGCUCGUUUUGAACAAAGCAAGAAAAGCCAUUCCGACCUCCUGGGAGAUUUGGGUAGCUGCCGCUCGACUACAAGAACAGAUUGGCGCCGAGCAGAUGGUCGGGAAGAUCAUGGAUCGUGCUGUCAAGUCUUUGGCACGUGAGUCAGCCAUGCUGGAGCGUGAGCGAUGGAUUGAAGUGGCCGAGAACUGUGAAGAAGAAGGCGCGAACCUUACUUGCAAAGCUAUCGUUGAACAUACUCUUGGAUGGGGCCUGGAUGAGGACGAUGACCGCAGAAAGAUCUGGAUGGACGACGCAAAAUCAUCUAUGGCCAGGGGCCGCUACCAAACAGCCCGCUCUAUCUACGCCUAUGCAAUCCGUGUCUUCCCCAACAGCAGCAUCAUAUGGCUGGCUGCGGGAGACAUGGAACGUAACCACGGCUCAAGAGAUUCACUUGUUUCAUUGUUGGAGAAAGCUGUAGAAGCUGUACCUACCAAUGAAGUGCUAUGGAUGCAGCUCGCCAGAGAAAGAUGGAACGCCGGAGAUAUUGAUGAGGCUCGUAGAGUCCUGGGCAAAGCCUUCCAACAACAACCCGGAAACGAGGAUAUUUGGCUGGCAGCCGUCAAGCUCGAAGCCGACAACGGACAAGUCGAUCAGGCGCGCGAACUCCUCAGGACAGCACGUCAAGAGGCAGGUACUGACAGAGUCUGGAUCAAGAGUGUGGCUUUCGAGAGGCAGCAAGGCGAUAGAGAGGCAGCUCUCGACCUCGUCAACCAAGGUCUGCAGCUCUACCCCAAAGCUGCCAAGCUCUGGAUGCAAAAGGGUCAGAUCUAUGACAGUAAAGGUAUGCUCCCGCAAGCACGCGAGGCUUUCAACACAGGAACUCGAUCGUGUCCACAAAUCGUACCGUUGUGGCUACUUGCAGCUCGUACGGACGAAAAGGCAGGUAUCAUUGUCAAAGCACGUAGUAUUCUUGACCGAGCACGUCUUGCAGUACCGAAGAGCCCUGAACUUUGGGCCGAGUCAGUGCGACUUGAGAGACGUGCAGGAAACAAUGCCGCAGCUAAUCAGAAGAUGGCGCAAGCUUUGCAAGAGUGUCCCACGAGUGGAUUGCUGUGGAGUGAGAGAAUCUGGCAUCUCGAGGCCCGUACUCAGCGCAAGCCUCGAACACUGGAGGCCAUCAAGAAGAACGAUAGCGAUCCCAUCUUGUAUGUCACGGCAGCACGUGUCUUCUGGGGUGAGCGCAGACUAGACAAGGCGGUGACGUGGUUCGAGAAAGCCAUCGUCCUGGACCCAGACAUCGGUGACUCGUGGGCAUGGUACCUGAAGUUCCUGAGACAGCACGGUACAGAGGACAAGCAGGAGGAAAUUAUCAAUAAGUGCGUGCUCAGCGAGCCCAAGCAUGGAGAAGUUUGGCAAAGCAUAGCAAAGGCUCCAGAGAAUGCCAAGUUGGGCAUCGAGGAGAUUCUCAAGCUCGUUGCGACCAGGUUAGACUAG